GGUGGCGGCGCGGCUGGGGGGGCUGCGGGAGGCGUUUCAGCCUGCCCCCCACGACGCGGUGGUGUCGGAAGUGCUUCGUUCGCCCGCCCGCCUGCUGCUGCCGGAGCCGGGGGAGCUGCAGGGGCAGAUGCAGGCGCUGGAAUCCGCACUGGCCUGCCUGCCCGCUGGCAACUGGACCCCCACCCAGCAAUCCCUCACCGCAACCCCCAACGCAAAAGAGGCCCCACAACCGUCACCGUCACCGCCAACACAGCCUCCAUCACCGCCACCAACAACACCCCCUCCAUCAUCAACCCAACAGCAACCUCAAGCCGCGACCCAAACCCAGACAAGUCCCCACCAAACCACCCACCACCAGCAGCAGCCCCCCCACCCGCCCUACCCCGCCAUCCGGCGCCUGCUCGCCCCGCUGCUGCUGCGCCGCCCCUCCCUCCUCACCACCGACCCCACCACCCUCGCGUCCAGAGUCCAACACAUCGCCUGCAGGGCCGGCGUCACCCCCGAUCGAGUCCUGGCGGCUGCACCCACAGAGCCCAACCUGCUGGCCAUCUCCUCAACCGAUUUUGACGGCCUGUGCGCGCGCAUUGCGGAGGAAAUACGACCCGUGGGUCGGUCCUCGUUGACGAGCGCGGUUAGCGCACCCGCGCUGCGUAGGGGGUUAACCGCUGCAGCCCCAGCUUCCCCUGCAUCGUCAUUACCACAAACAACAGCAACACCAACAGCAACAGGAGCAGCAACGUCAACAGCAGCAGCAGCAACAGAAUUGAUACCGUCCUCAGCGACGGCAGCACCCAGGUCCGCCAGCAGUACCCCCCCACCCGGCCCUGACCUCAGCCACCCCGGCAGUGGUCUGGGCCUGGGCAUGAGCCUGGGCCUCUCCCGGGUGACCUGCUACCCGGAACCGCACCGCAGCAGCAGCAGCAGCAGCCGCAUGGGGGGCCCUCCGGGGUCGGAAGGCGACGGAGCCAGCAGCGCCGCUAGCACAUCCGCCCCGGCUGCUGCUGUUCCUGCUGCUGCUGCUGCUGCAGAGAUGGCGCAGCAGGAGCGGCACCGGCAACAGCUACAGGCGGGUUACCUAGACGGGGCAGCAGCAGGGGCAGGGGCAGCUGUACCGCCUCCGCCUCCCGAGUGUGAGGCCGCUGCUCUGCUGGUGGCUGCCCCCGCGCUCAUGUCCCAGACCCCGGCAGCCCUGGGCACUCGCUGGCGCACCCUGCAGAGCAUCUGCCUAACCGCCAGCAGCAGCAGCAGCAGUAUCGGUACCGCCAGCAGCAGUAUUGGUACCAGUAGCAGCAAGCCAAUGGUGGCUAAUCAUGAAAGCAGCAGCAGCAGUAGCAGCGGGUGCGCUAGCAGGGAUAGCGACAGUAGCGAAGACGAUGAUGAGGAUGAAGACGAGGAAGAGGACACACACAGCAACAAUACCGGUCGUGAAAGCGAUGAUGAGCACAGUGACGAGGAAUCUUCAUCAUCAACGCCAUUGGCAGCUACUGUUGUCAGUUGGGAACAGCGGUUGGCCAAUCUAACGGUUUCGGAGCGAGCGGAGCUGUUAGCGUUGUCGUACGGAUCCAUGGCUCGGUUGCGGUUUCUGGUUGAUUUCGGGUUGCAGGACGAGGUGGACCUGUUGGAGGUGGUGCGGACCCCUGGGUCGGUUUUCGCGGCGCAAUAUCCGGCCUUCAUUGACUGGUUGAGGAAGCCGUGAAGGAGUUAGCGAGGGAGGAAGGAAGAAGGGAGUGAGGAAGGAAGAAUGGAGUUGUUGUGGAGUGGUUGUUGGAGGGGUUGGGGGAGGCGCAUACUCACUGCACGGCAGAUGCAGCUGUGCGUUGUUUCCUGUAUUCUGAACUGAUUAAGAAGGUGCUUUGAGAUGUGCUAUGACCCUAUGAGUGACUGCUACAAUGGUAAUAUGUGACAUGGCUCUACAACGUCAUCGGAGGGGCGGCCUGUGCUGCCUGAACGUAUGUCCUCAACUGGGGAGGUAAAGAGGAAACAACUAACUGACUGAGGGAUAAGGCGUCAACAUGGGUUGCAACAUGUGAGCCAGCCCGACCCGCCCAACCCGAAUUAGUGAAGCCAGUAGGGGGGGGGGGGUCAUUUGCAGGUGCUUGUGCAGAUGCACGGUGCGUGUGUGGAGGUGGCUCAGCGGUGUGUUUCAAACCCAUGGAUGCCUGUACAAC